GCCGUCUCUCGAUAUGGUUUUAUUAAGUGUGUGUCUACGCAAAGCAGAUAGAUAAGUUGUGACAAAUUACCCGUACUUUGUUCUUGUAUUUUUAACUUUUGACGCGCUCUGGUGAAGGAAGAGUUUUGGAAGCCGAUUAUGAGCGUGUCAAGCGAAGACCCCGAACCGAGAGUGCCACCGAAAAGUCCACACCCCAUUUUGGUAGACGACGACAAGAAUACAGCUUUGCAUUACGCUGCCGCCAAUGGGGAAGACGAGUCGGUCGUCAGUUAUUUGGAAAAACAGUCGCCCGUAGCGGACGUAGAAAAUUAUCUGGGAUGGACGCCGCUGAUGAUGGCCUGCCGUAGGGGACAUUUAGCCACCGCCAAGAUUCUUCUGGACUACAAGGCGGACGCUUCGAGAAAAAAUAAAUUUGGUAUGAAUGUAUUUUUGAUAUGCGUGGCGAGCGGCAACCUAGAGAUGGUGCAAAUAAUUCUGGAACACCUGUUGCUAGGAGGAAUCUCCAAACAAAGCCUCCAAACUAUCUUCUCGCCCUUAUCGAUGGCGGUACUGUUUCGCCACGAUCAUAUAUUGCAAUACCUACUGGAAAAGCGGUUUGAUUUGAAUGCCAAGACUCACAUUGCAGAUAUUACUCCAUUAAUGUUUGCCACGGCGAUGGAAAACUCGAAGGCUUUCCAACUGCUUUUGGGUGAGGGUGCGGAUCACACCAUGAAAAACUAUCUCGGUCAUACUCCACAAGAUAUAACGACCAUUCGCGUCCAUAUGAAACAACUGGUAAACCAGGAACAUAAAUUCUUGAGUCACGGACCUCAAACCCUCAAUCAAGGAUCGCAGUCGCAAAUGCCUUCGCCUAAGUACUAUUUCACCUGCAAUCAGUCGCCUCAGGCGCCGUUGAGUUCAUUCGCCCAAUUUUUCCGAGUCGAUAGUGCUUCGGUACCUCACAUGCAAUUGCAAAGAAAAUAUACCAACGUUUCGCCGAUGGUCUUACCAGCCACGCCGAAUAUUUCAUCAGUUACACCCGCAACAGUCCAUUACCUUACUCCGCAAAUAUUUUUUCCUCCAGAUUUUUCCCCGCGUCAAGUAUCACAUAACAUGGCGCCGGCCUCUAUCCGGCACGACAUUUUGAAUGCGAGACUCAAUAGCUCGGCCGCCAUGUUCCUGUCCCCUCCCGUUUUAAAUUUUUUGUCACCCUGUAUGUGAGCGUAUCUAUUUUUAAUUUAUUUUUAAUUUUUAUAUCCCAUUUUAUUUGAAAAUAACAGUAUCAUUUACAACUUUUAUUCGUAACUUCAAAUUGCUAUGACGCUUUUGUAUUCUUGAAAUGACAAUUGUAAA